AACUUUUGGUUGGUCAGCGAAGCGGUGGUGCCGGCAUCGGACUAUCUGUCAGCUGGUCUGAAGAAUUUUGGAGUAAUUGCUGGCCUUAAUUUCCUAAGAUGUCAUUUCUAGUAAGGCUCAUUUCCUUUCUUUGUUUAUUAUCUUUAGGACUGAGUGCAACUGACGUCAUUAAUAAAGAUAUUGUCUUCAAAAAUCUGGAACGCAAGAUCGACUUGACAACGCAACUCGUCAAAAUCAGCUCUAAAAUAACCAUUGAAAAUACCGGAUCAAGCCCUGUGAAAUAUUUUUUGGUUACGCUAACUAGUGAAGAGUUUGAAAAACUUUCCUAUCUUGGAGCCCAGGUUGGCAGCUACCAACUGACUACAGCUGAAACUUUGAUUCCGAAUCAUCCUGGCUAUCAUUUCUACCGGGUGGACCUACGAGAUGUACUGCAAGGUGGCAAAAUUUCCAGUCCUGUUGAGGUUGAAGUUGUGUUGGCUGGUGCCCUGCAACCCUACCCUGCCAGCAUCCAGCAAGGAGAGAAGCAGCUCGUGGUCUAUGAAGGCAGCCACUGGACGCCUGCUGCUUACAGAGUCACAUCCCAGACCACAACUGUGAUGCUACCGUCCCCCAACGCUGAAAGCUUCACUAAACUCAAACCCACCUCACACUCUGACACCAACAUUGUCUAUGGACCCUACGAGAGUAUUCCUGCUUUCUCAGCUGACCCCAUGAGAGUUCACUACGAGACCAGCAGCUCUUUCCUGACCAUCACAAACCUGGAGCGCGUGCUGGAGGUCAGCCAUUGGGGCAACAUUGCUGUAGAAGAAACCAUUGAUCUGCUACACACUGGAGCCAAGCUUAAGGGGCCCUUCUCACGCUAUGACUACCAGAGAGACCACAACGCCCACACCAACGUCAAGUCAUUCCGCACAAUACUGCCCGCCUCUGCGCGAGACGUCUACUACAGGGACGAGAUCGGCAACAUAUCAACAUCAAACCUCCGUGUCAGAGACGACUCUGUAGAAGUUGAUCUCCGGCCGCGGUUCCCACUCUUUGGAGGAUGGAAGACCCACUAUAAACUGGGCUACAAUGUUCCCAGCUAUGAGUAUCUCUACAACUCAGGCGAACAGUAUGCUCUGAAAAUGCGCAUAUUGGACCACGUGUACGACGACAUGGUAGUGGAGCAGCUGCUCCUCAAGAUCAUCCUGCCUGAGGGUGUGAAGGACAUCCUCAUUAGCACACCCUUCCCUGUGACCCGUGAAGACGACGGCUUGUUUGCCACGUACCUGGACACAGUUGGCCGCGUGGUGGUAUCCCUGAGAGCUGCCAAGCUCAAUGCGUUGCACAUUCAAGACUUCACGCUCUACUACAAGUUCCCUGGCCUCCUCAUGCUGCAGGAACCGCUUCUUGUUGUCGCUGCCUUCCUGGCUCUCUUCAUUGCUGUGAUGAUCUGGGUGCGGCUUGACCUGACACUCAGCCCCGACCGAGAUGCUGAGGCGAAGAUGCGCGUGUCGUCGCACUGCAGCCUCGUGGCCUCGCGGCACUACAAGCGCGUCGCCAUCUAUCACGCCAUGCUGGACGAGAUCACCAAGCAGCAGGGGCUCGGCAACCCGCCCAAUGCACUUAGCCAGUUCCAAGCCAACAUCAAGAAGCUGCAAGCAAACCUCAAAGACGAGUCCCAGGCCAUUGCCGAACUGCUGGCCAAAAUUCGCUCCGACAACUCUGAGGUCGCUGAGAAAGUAAACGAGCUUCAGAAGUACGACAGGGAGGUGCGCGAAGCCGUCGUCCAGCAGUGCAGCAACAUGGAGAAGUUGCUCGGUAAGAAAAUGGCGAAGCAAGCCUACGCUGAUCAGGAACAGGAGCUCUCCAAACGCAGGGAAGAAGCCAUGGACAAACUGCGCAACGUGGCUGCUCUUUUGUAAACCACUCGCAUGCUAACACCACGCGGGAAGUUAACUUGAAGCUUCACAUUCUGUGAAUUAUCGUUCCAUUUUAAGUACAGGACAAAGAUGGGCAUUAAAAAUGUUUGGGAGCAAGUCAGAUCCUCCAGCAAGUAAUUUUGUCUGAUGACAGAACAGGGACCCGCUUUGUUCGAUAUUGUAAUGGUCCAUGAGGAAACUAGGACCUAACUUCUUAAUUACAGCUUUCUCAUUGGUGAGGAUAGAGUUUGAAAUAUUCAGAUGUCCAAUUCGAAAAUGUGCACAUAUUUUGUACCGAAGGCAAUGUUAGUUGAAAAUAGUCUUGACGUUCGGAGAACUUCAAUGUGCGUUUAUUCCAAUAUUUUGAGUUUUUCUGCGUGUUAACACCUAAUUACCAGGACAUUAGAGCACACGUUUGCAGCAACAUUUUGUUUAUUUCAGAGUGUAUAUCAUGUUUGUCAUAGUAUCUUGACCAUGUAUACAAAUAGAAUACAUUUGAAUGUUUGA